AUGGCAGUAACAGAUGUCGAAGGCAACGAUGAAAACAAUUUUUAUACUCCACGUGUGGAGCAUACGUCGCCACUGCAAUUUCUAGACUAUACUAAUAUUUGGCAGCCGGCUAAAAAUGCUCGACCAAUGCCGCAUAGUUUCAGAGGUGAUCACGGCUUAACCGUAGAUACUGCUGGCUUCCAUCCUCGAGAUUACUUUAGACUAUUUGUUACCGAAGAUUUACUAACCUAUUUUGUAGCAGAAACAAACUUAUUUGCUCUACAGUAUCUGCGCGAUUAUCCAAAAACAUACAAGAAGGCCUUCGGCGAUGCUUUGCUAAAUGAAAAAUAUGAGGAAUAUAGACAAGCAAGAUCAGCCAAUAAGCCUUGCACAUCAAAUCCUUGCCAAAAUGGUGGCUCCUAUAUAAAUAUAUUUUUUGGAUUUCAAUGUAAAUGCGGUAUUAAUUACUUUGGAAGAAAAUGUGUUAGUGCAGUUUCAAAAGCUUCUGGGUCCAUAAGACUUGUCGGACAGUUGGAAAAUAGUAUGCAAGGGCUCUAA